AUUACUGGAUCAAAAAAAAAAAAAGAUGGCGUCUUCAAAAUUGACUUUAUAUCGAGCAGAAAUAUGCCCAUAUGCUCAACGAGCAGCGAUUGCACUCAAAGAAUCUGGAGCAGACUACAAUGAAGUCUUGAUUGAUUUACAGAACAAACCUGAUUGGUACACAGUAAAAGUCAAUCCUGAAGGAAAAGUACCAGCAUUGGAUGUCAAUGGAACAACUGUCGCUGAAUCUCUUGUUGUGAUUGAAUUGGUGAAUGAUCUUUUCCCUGAAAAAAAUUUACUUCCAAAGGACCCUAUUAAAAAAGCACAAGCUCGAUUCGUGAUUGAGUUCUUCAAUAACAAGAUUUGGACUAAUGUUUUUAAGCAUGCUGGAGGUCAACUCUCAAAAGAUGAUUUCAUCAAAGAAUCAGAAGCUGGUUUUACCAGAUUGAAUGAAUUAUUAUUGGAACAAUCAAAAACAGGACCUUACUUUUUGGGAGAACAAUAUUCUUUAGCUGAUGUCGCUGUAUCACCCUUCCUAGCACGUAUUUUUGCUUUAACAUCCUUGUUUGGCGGUGAAUUCCAAUUUAAAGCUAUCAAGGAUAAUGAACGUUUGGCACAAUUUGUUCAUGGUGUACUCUCACGUCCCUCAUUCCGAGAAUCUUACGCUGGCGAUGAAGCGUUCAUUGAUAUUCUUAAGAAUAAAUUUAAUUAUCACCUUUGA